AUGGUUACGUACGCUGACCAGAACUUUACUAUGCAGAAGUCAAAGGAGGCAUUUCGAAUACAGAAAAAAAAUCUCCGAGGCACAAAACGCUUCUUCUUUCACAAUGCCCAACUUCCACUGAAAGAGGAUACGGUGGUCUUUCUGCGAGUUUUCUUCACUCAUGCCAUCACCGACAAAAAUAUCUUAGCGGAGACCUUCUCGUUCCAACUGGACCCCGCCAAAGGUUUUGUCCCACCCUUAUUCGAUUAUCUGAGCACCUACGUCCUGCCUGGCAUGCUCACCCAAAAGGGAAACAUGAAUAAAUUGACGAACAAGGAGCAUGCGGACUUCUGUGAUUUCGUUCAGGACUAUCUCAGAAGUAUGGAAAGUAAGCAAGCGAUUUAA